AUGCCGUCUAUUGAUGAAGACGAAGAUCGCGAUUUGGGGGGUUCUCAAGAUGGAAGCAGCGACAACGAAAACGAGAUUGACGAUAACAUGCGCGAUGUUGAUGACGUAGAUGGCGACGGGGACGGCGACAAUGACAAUGACAACGAGCCCGAUGGUGAUGCGGACGGCGAUCAAGACCCAGAUAGUCCAUCAAAUGCAAGCCAGGCAUCAGAGGGUGCGGGAAUCCCUUCACAGCAAAAUCAAGAUCCAAGGAUUAUGGCUUCGGGAAACGGGGAUAGCGGCACGACCGACUUCUCCAUAUACCACCCCAGCGUGCGCUCUGAAUGCUUAACGGCCGAAACCUACGAUAUCGCACCUACCACCGCCGCACCUCAUAGCACCUCCAUCAAUGCGAUCACUGCGACGGCUGAUAUGCGCUGGGUUUUCACGGGAGGAUCGGAUGGAUACACGCGCAAGUUCAACUGGGUGGACUCGAUCAACAGCAAGCUCAUGUUGACGGUGGCGCAAAGACAUCCGUUCGUGGAUAGUGUUGUGAAAGCCGGCGUGCUGAUGACAUACUGGGAGAAUAUGGAUGGAAAUAGCUUAUCACCGGUGUACUCCCUCGCAUGCCAAAGUGAAGGCAUGUGGCUCCUCUCUGGGUUGGAGUCCGGUGCUAUUCGGCUGCAAACCCUGCGUCAUGACGAAGGCCGAGAGAUUGUGCAAUUACGACAACACACCUCGGCUGUUUCCUGCUUGAGCUUGACUUCAGAUGAAAAAUCUUUAUUGUCGGGGAGUUGGGAUAAGCGAGUGUUCGACUGGGAUUUGAACACGGGAUCCGCUCGUCGCGCGUUCGGUGGAAGUGCAGGACAAAUAUCAAGCGUGCAAAUCCGACCGGAGUCUAGUCUUGCUGUUCCACAAGAUACCUCUGAGCCUUACUUGACUAAUGGCACAUAUUCGUCAAAUUAUCAUGCUAGAGACACCGACACAUUCAACUCCAAUGGCGAUGCUGAAAAUGCUGGAGAUUCAGGCACCGCUGAAAACCCGCAGGCGGGAUCACCAGCAGACUCUCUGUUCGGUGGAGCGGAUUCAUUAUUCGGCGAUGGGGAUGGUGGAGGUGCAGAUGGUGGGGAGCCAUCCGGUGGCGUGUUUGGAGUGGACGAAGAUGACGAGUUUGGCAAGGCCAUGGUCAAUGGCCUAGCCGAUGCAGAUGCCCCUGGCGAGAUUGAAGACGAAAUCCCACAACCCGAAGUCAACAAUCAGCCAGAUGAUGCUCCUGCUGAGACAGAUGCAACUGGAAAUGGCCCACAACUUACCAAUGGGCACGUCGACACUGAUAUGACAGGCACAGAGACACAUCCACUUACCAAUGGCCUUCCAAGGGCAGAAGAGCUUGAGUCAUUUCCGGGACAAGACUCUACACAGCCAAUGUCAUCGGAGCCACAGGGAUCUGGUACAGAUAGUACAUUCCUAGCUGCAUCCAUGGAUGGGACAAUCCGGGUGUGGGAUAGGCGUCAACCCGACCCAGUUGCUCGGAUCACUCCCCGUAACGUUCCUCCAUGGUGUAUGAAUGCGUGUUGGUCUCCGGAUGGAAACUAUAUCUAUGCAGGGCGGCGAAAUGGCACCGUGGAAGAGUACAGCUUGCACAAGGGUCUUCGCGAAGUUGAGCGAACGUUCAAGUUCCCUCAAGGAAGCGGCCCGGUGACAGCUCUCAAGGCGAUGCCAAAUGGUCGACAUCUUGUCUGUGCCUCGCAUGACAUUCUCCGCCUAUACGAUUUGCAACAUGACCAGUCAUCUCGUCACUCAACGACUCCAUUUUUGAUUAUUCCAGGCCACCGUACCGGUACUAUCUCCCAAUUAUAUCACGACAAUGCCUGCCGAUUUAUGAUUUCGACCAGUGGUAACCGUGGGUGGGAAGGAAAUUCCACAGAAGUACUACUCGGCUAUGAGAUUGGAGUCCCUCAAUGA